GAGACUCUGUGGGCGGAACAGGAAGUCGGUAACGCACGUGUCUGCGUACGGGGAAGCCUUCUUCAGCUGCUCCGUUCCUGCUUUCGUAGCCCUGUUGGAGCCAUGAGUCGUCCCGUAACUUGUGUUGCCUGGGUGCGCCAAGGUGUUGCCAAGGAGACGCCCGACAAGGUACAACUUGACAAGGAAGAACUGAAGCGUUUAAUUACUGAAACUAAAGAGAGAUUGCAGGCAGAGGAUGAGGAUGAGGAUGAGGAUGGAGGUGGACAAGAAGAAACCUCAGGUGCCAUGGAUGUUGUUGAUGGUGAGGUAGCCAGCUCUGCUCCCAAAGAUGAGGAUACUGAUAAGCUAGAUGACGAUGAAUUGGCAGAAUAUGACUUGGAUAAUUAUGAUGAAGAAAAUGCAGGUACUGACAGCAUUGGAGAAAUCUUUGCAGGGCUUGCAGUAUAUGGAACUAAUGAAAAUGAUCCAUAUAUCACUAUUAAAGAUACUGAUCAAUAUGAGAAAGAAGACUUUGUGAUUAAGUCAAAUGACAGUCUUGUUGUAUGUGGCAGAGUUGAUAAGGACCACUGCAGCCUAGAAGUUCAUGUUUAUAAUCAUGAAGAAGAUUCCUUUUAUGUCCAUCAUGAUCUUAUUUUAUCUGCAUACCCGUUAAGUGUGGAAUGGAUGAACUUUGAUCCUAGUCCCAAUGAUUCUGCAGGAAAUUAUAUUGCUGUUGGCACAAUGAAUCCUGUUAUUGAAAUAUGGGAUCUUGACAUAGUGGACUCUUUAGAACCAGUUUUUUCAUUAGGACAUAAGGCAAAACUAAAGAAAAAGAAACAAAAGAAGAAUUUAUCCAAAGAAGACCAUCAGGGGCAUACUGAUGCAGUGCUUGAUCUUUCAUGGAAUAAACAUCUCAGAUCUGUCUUGGCAAGUGCCUCAGCUGACCAUUCUGUAAUUCUUUGGGACAUGUCCAGGGGCACAACAGCAGCAACACUUUCUCUUCACACAGACAAGGUGCAAACACUGCAAUUUCAUCCAUUUGAAACACAGACUCUCAUUUCUGGCUCUUAUGACAAAUCAGCCAUUUUAUAUGACUGUAGAAGUCCACAGGACAACUAUAGAACCUGGAGAUUUAGUGGACAAGUUGAAAGAGUGACUUGGAAUCAUUUUUCACCUCACCACUUCUUAGCUAGCACAGAAGAUGGAUUUGUAUACUGUCUUGAUGCUCGUUCCCAUAAACCAGUCUUCACAAUGAAAGCACAUGAUGAAGAAGUAUCUGGACUACAGUUAAGUAGCCAAAUCAAAGGAUGCCUUGUCACAACAUCUUCUGAUAAAUCUGUGAAAAUUUGGGACAUCCUAGGAAACAAGCCUUCUUUAGUCUAUUCCAGAGAUAUGAAAAUGGGUGCCCUGUUUUGUGCAGCUUGCUGUCCAGAUCUGCCAUUUGUUUAUGCCUUUGGAGGAGAAAGGCAGGGACUACAACUCUGGGACAUAAGCACAAUUUCCACAGUGAAUGAUGUUUUUGGAACUCGACAGAGGCUAGCAGUUACCACAUCAAGUUCUGAAACAAGUAAUUCUGCUAAUAGCAGUAGCAGCUGUGGAGGAGCUGUAAUGGAAUCAUGAAAUAAGCUUAUGUUUUUUUAAUUAAAAUUCUAAGUAAACCAUUUUUUAAAACCUGCUUUUAAGAUCAUGUUACCAUGAAGUUCAGCCUUGAUCUUAAAAAUUUUCUGAGGUGUUAACCGGCUAGAAAUUGGAAUAUGCCAAAACACAAAAUCACUAGCAAUAAUAUAACAAAGUAACCUUAAUUUAUUCAUUUGUAUUAAGAAAGAUUAAAGGCAUUCUGAUGCAUGUAACAACUACUUAAAUCCUUUGACAUUGGCUAUCUGGUUUAAAAGCUACUAUUUAAAAACCAGUUUUCUGAGAAUCUAAAGGAAGCUCUCUAUAUUGUGGAAGGUUUAAAAUGUAUUGUUAUUAUUAACCAGGAUUGGAUACCUUGUGAGAGCAUGAUUCUUUGAUCGUCUAUAAAUAUAUUUAUAAUAUAGGCACAUGCUAAUUAAUAAAAUUAAUUGGCAUAAAUAAAGUAGCUAAGAUUAACAAUAUUGGGUUUCCUCUCUCCUCCCCCGCUCCAUUUGUGUUCAAUUCUUGGAGAGUGCCUGGUUUUUCAGAAGUAGUUUGCUAUUGCCUCCUUCCUAGGGCUCAGAGAAUAGAAUAGAAUAGAAUAGAAUUUUUAUUGGCCAAGUGUGAUUGAACACACAAGGAAAGUGACUGGCUCAAGGUCACCCAUCUGGCUUCAUGCCCAAAGUUGGACUAGAAUCCAUGGUCCCCCGUUUCUGAUGCCUUAAUUACUACACCAUGACUCUCAUCUCUUUGAUUCAGACCAUUAAUUUAAUAUACUUCUACCUAGGAGAACUAUCAAUGUCAGCAUAGUUAAUAUUGGCUGAAGAUCAUAAUGUAUAGAUAAACAAUUGGUUUAAUAAAGCAAAAACAAUUUCUACAUACUGGGGGGAAAAAAAACAGUACACACAUUAAAAAGCAGUAUUUUAAUUUUCUGUAAGAAAACAAAUCUUAAUGAUACCUUCAUUCCAUAAAUAUAUUAGCAGCAGAAUUUCCCUUUCAAAAUAAGUGGUUAUCGGUUGCAGUAUAGACAAAGUUACAUGAAUAACCUUUGUAUGUAAAAUUCAUGCUAAAACUAAGCUUGCAUUUCAAACACAAGCAUUAGCAUGCCUUACUCUGAUUUCCAUACUAUAUUUUUGUUUUCUAAUUAUCUCUGAAUGCUCAAUUGUCAACAAAUGAGCAAAUAAUUCAUUGAUAUAUGACAGAUAUCAAUUUAAUGAACUAAGUUAAGCUACAAACUUUUUUCCAAUAAAAAAACAG